AUGGUCAGCUCACCUGCUCCCCUUACAGGCCUGACCAUGUUGAAGUGGCAAGCGACGCCAGUUCUUCCAGACACCGCGAGCAUCAAAAUAUACAGUUUCACCGAUCAGCGCGGCAAGACAGUAUACCUGCUUGAUACGCCCGGGUUUGAUGACACGACCCGCUCCGAUGCAGAGGUUUUGAAGGACAUCUCUUAUCUCUUAGCCGUCAUGUUCGCCGCUGAUAUUCGGCUGGCCGGACUCAUUUAUCUGCAUCGGAUAUCUGAUGCCAGGAUGCCCGGCUCUGCAGUGAAGAACCUACGCAUGUUCCAGGCUUUGUGCGGGAGUAGCGAUGCACGAAGCGUUCAAAAUCAACGGCUGCGGGAGCUACAAGAUACUUACUGGGACGACAUGAUUCAGUCCGGAAGCAAGGUCAUGAAACAUGACGGCCACGAGUCAUCGGCUCUAGAAAUCGUCCGCACCCUGACGGCUCGUGCCGAGUCGCCCGUCACCCUUGCCAUCCAGCGCCAAUUGGUUGUGGAGGGUCAAACCCUGGAUGAGACCGAUGCUGGCAAAAUUGUUUUCGAAGAAGUCAUCGCGGCGAAGCGCAAGUUUAAGGUCGAACUUGACGAGCUGCAAGAGAGCUUGGAGGAGGCAGAGCAAGAUGAUGAUCAAGAAAGUAUCGAGAACCUCCGGACCGAACGUGCGGCGAUCGAGUCCAAGGCCCGACGGCGCGCGAGAGACGGUGAUAGUCUCGGAGUCAACAUCCGGCAACUAGCCCGGGAGCAGCAUCCACUGUAUGACAACCUGAUCUCCGCCCUCCAGCAAGAAGAUCAUGACAGUGUUCAGACGGCUGGUUUUACGUACGACCCCGACCCUAGAGUGCAGGGUCUGGAGCGGAUGCUUAAGGAGGAGAAGCAGAGGCGCGAGGAGAAGGAAAAAGAAAACAUGGUGCUCAAAGAACAGCUCCAACAGCGUCAUCGCGAGCUCGCGGCGGAGACCAGCCGGAAAGGAUCAUCCAAGGCACUGCGUUUCGGCGUCGAACGGAGAAACAAGACCGAAGAGAAGUCAGGCUUGAUGACCACCAUCAUGCAGUUCUUGAAUGUGACCAGGGCGUACCUGUCAUCCGAAGAUGAGAGGUUCUACGUGGCGCAAAGCAAUCGCUCGUCGUCGUCAAAGUCCUGGGCCAAAUUGAGCAUGGGCGAUCAACCCAGGGACCCGGUCAAUUACCAACGUCGACACGACCGACCAAACCUGAACGAAAGAACCACGGGAGGCGCGAGACCGCAAGGGAAUCCAUGA